AUGGUGUCCCUGGGCGUGCUGCCGUCGCUCGGGGACCCUGACCUCACCUCGAUGCCAAUCUUGGCGUCGCUUCCGCCGUCAGCGGUGCGGUCUGCCGUCGCGAAGGCCCGCGUCGACAGGGAGGGCAGGGAGGCUGGCGAACGCCUCACGGCCAUCCAGAAGGGCCGCCUCAACCUCCUCUACAACGCCCUCCGCCGGAAGUUUGGGUUGCACCUUGAGCCGGGCCUGAAGGGCGAGGUGGAGCUUUACAGCCACGCCCAACUACAGAAGAUCCGGAACAAUUACAUAGUCUUGAUGGGGGAUGAGCCCAUGGGUCGCCACAACUACACCGACGAGCAGAUAUCGGCGUUGGGCCGGCGGCUGGAGGCCGGCUUCGUGCCGUUUGCGGACUUCGGCGUGUGGGGGCCGAACGGCAACCGCUUCCAGCGCCACAUGAAAUUCAAGGCGAGCUUCAUGGACGCCUCUGGCCAGUGGCGGACGCAGGAAAUCCCCGGGCCAGAAUCCCUGGAGAUCUGGGAGGACUCGUACGAGGUCUACAAGGCAGCUGUUCUCUCAUUGGGGGCCUUCCAGCAGGCCACUUUGACUUUGUACGCGGCUGAGUUCCGCCAGCGCGUCCUCGACAAUCCGGGGUGCUGGCACUUGACACUGGCUGCGGAUUUUCUGGCGCGGUCGGAGCAGCUUGCGAACGAGCGCCGGCGACUGGAGCGUUUCCACGAGAAGUCGCCCACCUUGUCCAGUUGGAACCCCAAGAUGCCAUGGGACGCUGCGCUGAGGGCUGUGUCCCAGGACAAAACCUUUUGGUACAAGCAUUUGGAGAAGCCAUGCGACAAGGCUGCCCGGGACGGUUCGGCAACGGUGCCCGUUCAGCGGACGGCCUACACCCAGGUGCCGCCCUUCACGGCGGCGCCGCAGCAGGGCAGCAACAAGAAGAAGGGCGGCGGCAGGGGUAAAGCCAACGACAGGAAGGACACCAAGGGCAUUGAUCCACGUGGCAAGGGACCCAAUGCUCAACGAGCCGAUGGGCGCUAUUACCGGUCAGUGGACAAUGUGGAAAUAUGCUACGCUUGGGCCCAGCACGAGGAGGGUUGCUCCAGCAAGGCGUGCCCACAGGGGCGGGCGCACGCGUGCGAGUUCUGCCGCACGCCCCACCGCACCAUCCGCUGUGAGAAGCAUCCGGGGUGGACGCCGCCGGCGGCCAGCCGGGGGGCCAAGAGGCGCAAGAACUCGUUGGGGCGCGCGGGUGAGUGCCCGCACCCGGGGGCGAUCCAGGGCCCCGAGCACCGGUUCGAGCCGCCCAAGUUCCUGGAGCUCGUUGGGCGCGGCGGCGGGCUCACGGCGGCUGUGGCGCGGCUGCAUCUUGAUCACUUCACGGCGCAGUGCCUCGAGGCCGCGGCGGGCCUCCGCGACCAGGCGCGGAGAACCGGCAGGCGCGCCCGCCCCGCCAGCGGCACCCCAAAGCCGCAGCACGUGCUCGACAGCAACACCUUGGUUGCCAGGGCGGCGAGGCUGUGUCGUGCCCAGGCCAAGGCUGGCGGGUGGUUCUCCUUUGAGAAUCCAGAAGCCUCGUGCGCUUGGCAGUGCGGGCCCGUCGCCUCCCUGCUGCGCAUUGCCGGUGCCGUGCGGGUGGUGUGCGACCAGUGCAUGUUCGGCUGCCCGUACAGGAAGCCGACGGGCUGGCUGACGAACGCCCCCUUCCUUGGCGUUCUCGCCGAGAGGUGCCCGGGGCCCCCGGUGCACGUGCACCCCAGCCUCGGCGGGAGGUGCAUUGGGCCUGCGGGCGGAUCCGCGUGGAAGACUCAACUGGCGCCGUCUUAUCCGGAAGGGCUCUGCAGCGCACUGGCAUUUGCGUACAGGGCCGAACUCAGCAAGCAGCCGGACCUGGCCGCGAAGCAGCCCACCACCUACGACGUCUUCGCUGGGCAGGAGGACGCCGCGCAGCAGGAGACAGCCAGACAGCGGCGGGAGAGAGGCGUGGGGAAGCUGCCCGGCUGGGCGGCGCUCGGCGCUCAGAUCGCCGCUGCCCUCGAAGACGUCGCCGGCGGAUUGUGCGACGCCGUCGACAGGGUGGUCGAGGAGCUGGGCCGCCCAGAGGCGACAGGCCUCGCUCCUGCUGCCGCGCGGAGCGGGCAGGCGGCCCUUGCGGCCCGCCUGGGGGUGAGGCACCACGACCGCGAGGGCCCCCAGGGAGAGAUGCUGGAGGACAUUCUGGCUGCGGCGGGGGAUCCGGAGACGCAGGUUCCUCAGUGGCUGCAGCGCUACGCCCCGCUCGGGAUCGAGGUGCCGAUUCUGCCCUCCGGCGUUUUCCCGGAGACCGAGCCCACCUCUGUGGGGCCGGCCAGGGAGAAGCUCGACGCCCUCCUCCAGCACUGCGUGGACCGGGGCGACCCGGUAAACUACAGAAGCUACGAGGAGAACAGGGAGGAGGCCGACGCCGCGUUCCAGAAGGAGCUGGACAAAGGGUACGCCACGUGGCGCCAAGACCGGGGCGCCUUGGAGGCGAUUCACGGCCCGCUCACCUUGCCCCGCGUCGGCGCCGUCAUCACCGCGAAGGCCGGGGCAAGAAAGUGCCGUCUGAUCCACGACCUGAGGCGGAGCAGAGUCAAUUCGAAGAUCCUUCUCCGCGAGCGCUUGGUUCUGCCACGGCUCCACGACGUCAUUCAGGAUACCUUGGACACGUUCGCGCGCGUCCAGGACCCCCACCAGGUGUACUACUUGGUCGCUGAUUUUCAAGACGCUUUCAAGCUCUUGAGAACGGACCCAAGGGAAAAUAAGCACUUGGCAGGCUACGCUUGCGGGGGGUAUUUUGUGUAUGACACGGUGUUCUUUGGAGUUGGCACUGGGCCGCUGGUCUGGGGCCGCGUCGCGGCAGCACUGAUGCGCCUCACGCAGGCGACGCUCAGCGAGAAGAAGGGCCGCAUUCAGUGUUUUGUGGACGACUCUAUAUUGACUAUGUCUGGCUCGCUGCGCACAGUGCGGAGAGAAUUCGCUAAGAUACUUGUGCUGUGGCAGCCCCUCGGCUUCGGGGUCUCCUGGAAGAAGGUCAGCUUUGGCACUUCAGUUUCGUGGAUUGGCGCCGCGAUCCAGGCCGACACGGCCGUGCGCCGCGUGAGCGUGUCGCUACCUGAGGAGAAGUUGGAGCUGGUCAGGGGCGCGUGCACCGACCUGCUGGAGGAGCGGAAGCCAGUGCCCCCCGUCGCCAGGGUGAGGCAGCUGGCCGGCCGCGGAGGCUGGAUCGGCGGCCUGCUUCCCCAGGUCCGACCGCUUGUCCGGCAUCUCUGGGGAGCUCUAUCCAAGGCUCGGAAGGGCAACCCGCCCGUCCUCUUCCGCAAGCAGGUGGAGCCGGCAUUGCGAUGGCUGGUCGCCUUCGCAACGGACGCGCCUUUACAUCUGACGCGCCAUGUUUACCUCGUCGACAGACUCCACGACGGCUUGUACGUUGAAACUGACGCUUCGCCUUGGGGCGGCGGCGGGUGCUGCUGGGCAUCGCCGGCGGCCCGCCGAGCUGGCGAAGCGCCGCGCGCGUACUUUGCUGUGACAUGGGACCACACGCACGAGGAGCUCCUGCACGCGCAGGUCGGCAGCCCGGCUGGCCGGGCGUCGCGGGAAGCAUUUGCGAUGCUCCUCGCAGCAAAGCUGUGGAUCUCACCAGAGGUCCUGGGGCGCAUCACCUUUGCGGGUGACGCGCAAGGCGUCCUGGCAGCACUGGUCCAGCUACGUGGAGAUUCGGCCAUCAUGAUCGAUGUGGCCAAGGAGCUCGCCCUCCACCUGGCCCCCUUGGGCCAUGCUCUCGAGGGCCUCCACAUCUGGGCGGAGCAGAACAAGCUCGCGGACGCGCUGAGCCGGGUCUCUUGCGACGGCCACUCCCCCCGCUUUCUCGCCGGGGCGGAGCAGGCCACGGUCCCGCAGGUGGAGGACCUGGGUCUGCGAGUGCUGCAGACCAAGAUUUCAG